CAUCGGGUCGCCCACAGGAGACGUAACAGCAGAAAUUAACAGCAUGGACCAUGCGAGUCACUAAAAGUCACUGCGUGGAGAAUUAAAAUGACAACGUGUUGAAGACAGUGCCUUCAACACCAGGAGACAUUUUUAUAAAAACACCACUAAUAUUAAUUUCUCAACGCUGUCGAAGAGAGAAACAUUAAUGCAGCAGUAAGCUAAGUGCUAGCUAAUGUUACUUAACCUGCUAUCCGGCUAACUUGGAAACAGUUUCAGAAUAACCUGCGAGCAACUCCAAACAUCGCAACAAGUGAGAGACAUCAACGCAUCGGAAAUCUUGGUGUCAAAUUUAUAAGCUCUCAGCUCCUGGUGUUGCUGCUCCCCUCUGCUGGUGCUUCAAUUCGUGAGCACGCUCAGCGACAGCCGGCGUAGUCCUCGGGGAUGGGGAGUGGAGUACAGGAUGAGCGGGAAUCACACAUGCAGGGAGAAGUGCUGCUGCAGGCCUCCUCCAGUCCAUCAGCAGUGAGCUCUGAGGAACUCAAAGACACGCAGUCUGUCUUCAGCCUGCUCUUAUCCAGGAACAUCCUUCGCUCGCUCUUCUGCGGGGCUUUAGCGGGCGCUGUGGCCAAGACAACUGUCGCCCCGUUGGACAGGACUAAAAUCAUUUUCCAAGUGUCUUCGGCAAGAUUCUCUGCCAAGGAGGUCUACAAAUUUAUCUACCGCACAUACAAGAAGGAUGGCCUCCUCAGUCUGUGGAGGGGUAACUCUGCCACCAUGGUGCGAGUCGUCCCGUAUGCUGCCAUCCAGUUCUGUGCACACGAGGAGUCCAAGAAGCUGCUGGGAAAUAUCUAUGGCUUCAAGGGGAAUGUCCUGCCUCCUGUUCCAAGGUUUCUGGCUGGGUCUAUGGCUGGUCUCAUAGCAACCACGGUGACCUAUCCUCUGGACAUGGUGCGAGCCAGGAUGGCUGUAACGCCAAAGGAAAUGUACAGUAACAUCCUGAACGUGUUUGUGAGAAUAUCCCGAGAAGAGGGUCCGAGGACGUUAUAUAGAGGCUUCGCUCCCACCAUGGUGGGUGUCAUUCCCUAUGCUGGUCUCAGCUUCUUUACCUACGAGACACUGAAGAACCUACAUGCAGAGCACAGCGGGCGCUCACAUCCCUCCGCAAUGGAACUUCUAGUGUUUGGAGGCUUUGCAGGUUUUGUUAGCCAGACGUCGUCUUACCCUCUGGAUGUGGUUCGACGCCGCAUGCAGACUGCAGGAGUCACCGGUCACACGUACAGCACCAUCCUGGGCACCGUGAGGACAGUCGUGUCUGAAGAAGGGCUCGUCCGUGGACUCUUCAAAGGUCUCAGUAUGAACUGGGUCAAAGGGCCCAUUGCGGUGGGGGUGAGCUUCACCACGUUUGACCUUACUAAAAGACUCCUGAAGAAGCUGCAUGAGAUGGGCUAUAUAUCUUGAUAGUAUCGAUACAGAGAGAGGAAAAUGGGGAUAACAGGAUGACAUUUUCCUCAUGCAUACAACCUAUGAAGAGAAAGGAAGUAAGAGAUGUGUGUCGUUGGAUAGAAGCAAACACACACUGGCUCAGGAUGCGUGAUAUUAAUGUAUUCUCUCGCUUUGUCUGCGUGCGGCGGUGGAUGCACAGUCUCUACAGGCAAGAGGUAUUUUCAAUGGUACACACUGUUGUCUUGUACAGCUAAGUGCAAUAUGCUCCGUGAUUUUAUGUGCGUUUGUGUGUGUGUGUGUACACAUACAUUUUAACGCUCCUGCUCUCGUGGACCAGGCCUGUGAGUGUAUUAAUCAAUCUGAGAGGUUCACACACGCUCACUGAGGUCUCCCAACUGCCUUUUGUGUCUGCUAUAAACUGACACCUUCCAAUGCAAUGCAGGUUGCUACUCAUUUAUUAACUUUUUAAGAUGCAUUUGAUUGAAUUAGAGUAAAAUAUGCCCCCUUGAGAUUAGUUUUGUUGUGAGUGCGUUUGUUUUAAAAAAAAUUAUACCAAAGGUUUUGGAUAUGAGUUAGUUGUGGAUAUUACGAUGUUAGGGGCGUUUUUAUAUUUAAGCACAAAAUUUCUCAGAGUAUGACUAAAAAGCAAAAAUCUUGCCCAGCACAGACGUGACAGCAUUGGUACUGCCAUUAUAUGGUCAGUUUUUGUUUGAGUUGAAUAUAUUUAAAUCACUAUGAGUCCAGUAUCUGUGAGUGGAGCUCCUAAAGACUAUAUAGGCAGAAUUUUAUUUGUACAGCAGAUAGAUGAGCUGGAUUUUAUGCCAGUGCCAACAGAUUUGAAGUAUAAAGAGUGCCCAUAUGAUUUUUUUUUUUUUUUUUUUGUGUGUGUGUUCACUGUGAUCAUGUAACGGUCUUUUGAAAAAUAUCAGUUGUUAUAGAGCAUUUUGUUGUUGCAAGUAUUGAUACAAACACAUUUUGUGCUAGUUGGGAAUUCUAGCUGAAAAUAACUGACAUACAGUCCCAAUAAUGCACAUUGAGACAUUUAAUAGGUCCUUUUUUCAAAUGUGAAAUCAUAAACACUGAUUUAAUGCUUUAGUAGGAAUUUGUGUCGUCACAAUACCAGAAUUUUAAAGGCAUACUAUGCAGGACUUGUUGCUUACUUUUUAUAAACUUUAAAAUUUGGUCCCUCGUCUUUGGCUCAGUUAUACGAAGAGAGCAGUGGUGGUCAAGCGAGCUAGUGAGUGAACGAAGAGAGGAAACAGCAUUAACAAGAACAAAGCAUUGAAUCGGAGAAAUAAAACCAUUUUUUAAAAUUGUUUCAUGGCGAUUUCGUCAGAAAGGCGAGAUAAACACAUCCGCACAACCCUGCAGGAAGAUGCUAUAUUUCUGGAUUUGGUGUGAAUUUGGCUCAAGCGCAUGCUUAAUCCUGUUCACUAGGCUUUUCUGGUCUGUGUGUGUGGCUCAACUUUGCCCUCAAUCAAACAGACACAUGGACCUGCAGCUCACCACUCACUGCUAAUGGCUCAUAAUUAGUGAUUGAAAGGGAUUAUUUUUUUUCAAGGAAAUCCUGCAUACUAUGCCUGUAACUUCGAUACAAUACCAGUAUAAAAUACAAAACUAUACGUGUUACCUCUCUCAUUACCACAGCAAAAAGACAAAAUCUAAGCACACAAAUAUGAUUUUUUAAAAAAAAUCUUUAUAAGAAACAGCCUACACACAAUGCUGGAAUAGGCCGGUUGCAUAGAAAUGUGUGAAAUGGAAUGGGUUUAACGAUGCAUUAUGUGGUGGGGAGAACAAAAUGUGUUUUAUGAUAUGCUGUUAUCACAAAAACAAUACCAAAGCAAAGUCGAUGGGGAUCUUUUGAUGUGUUGGACACAUGAAUCAAAUAUCAAGAGUGAGAAAGUCCUUUUAGAGCGUUUAAAAGGGGUGGAUGAGUCAAACAUAUGUGGACUUUAAACCAGGAGACCAUGGUUUGUGUCCUGUGUGAAACUAAAAGUCAAAGUGACGUGACUUUACGGACUUUGCGUAACUAUGCAAAGUACAUAGCGUUAUACACACAGUUUCAGUUAGUGUAGUUAUUUUAACCUAAUUUUAACCUUAACCAGGAUCUUUGCCUAAACUUUUCAAAGUAUGAUUUUGAUCUCUAAACCCAGAGACAAAAAAACAGAGUCUGCACACAGGACUAUGCUACCGUAAAUAUAAAAUUGACUGACUUCAUCUGCUUGUCAUCAGACUGAUGUCUGGUGCAUAGCAUAGUCCGGUGAGCUCACACUGAUUUUUCAUCUCUCGCAUGAGUUCUUGUCCAGCACUUACUGUUUAUUUUCCCCUGUUUAUUUGUUUUUCCCUUAUUCUGACAAACUGUUUCACAAUAAUUCUACAAUCAUUUUCAAUAGACUUUGCUUAUGCAUUGUUUUUCUGUUGCCAGCAACCUGCUUUAACACAUUUUGUGCUCACUGCCAUGUUUAUUUAACGGGGACCUUGCACAACACCACUGUUAAGACAAAAUUAGCUUAUAUCGCUAAUUUGCAUCUGCAGUCCUUAUGCAGGACAUUAUUAAAAGACAAUUUAGCACAAUACAGACAGUAAAUAACGAACAGUUAAAAGCAAAACGUUUUACAAAUUUACAAACAGUACAUCACAUAUACAAUUUAACAGAAAAUAUAAAUUAUUUUGUCUCCAAAAACAGUUGUUACCUUACAAAGGUUUAGAUCAGUGAUCACAUGAUUGGUUUGUCUUGAACCAUGUUUCAGUUUUAAAAAUUCUUGUGCAUUGUCCGAAAAGCAAUUUUCCUAAAUUUAGCUGAGCAGUCAGCUCUGACUGACGCCUUAGUCUCCCAUCUUUCUGUCUGCAGAAUGAUGCACAUUAACCACAUACUGCAUUUUAAGAGGUCAUGUCCAUUUCAUGUAUUUCUUUGAGACUUUGUUGGCUGGUUAGCCUUGGGUUGAAAAUCUGAUUGUAGAGCUGUUUUUUGUUUUUUUGUUUUUUUACAGCUUUGGUACUUUCGAUUAGUGUUUCUAUUACCAUGUCCACCUCCUGUGUGUGACUGGUAAUGGACACACAGUCACACAUACAGCACACACAUGUUGUCUUCCAUUUGCCGUCGGUUCGGCAGCUGCGGGGGUUUGUUUAACACUUGGCAAAAGUCGUAGAGCUGUAGCGGUAUUUGCUAACGGACUAGCUUGACUGCAAUUAUGCACACACAUAGUAAAGCAAUCAGUUGACCUUUGUGUUAUAGGCAUGAUUUAGUACAUUUUACUGUUUUUACUUUACUUUACUUUACCUCAGCACAUAAUCAAAUGCUCACUAAUUCUAACAUAUCAGUGUUUUAUGUUGAAUAGUGUCAGAAAACUGGGACUAGGUGCUCAGUUUUUGUUUGUGUUAGACAGUUUGAGCCAUAUUGAUGCGAGCUAACAGGCGUUUGAAUAGUGUCAAUAGUUUCUAUAUUUAGAGCGUGCAUGCUGAGGGAGCAGCUGAGAGCAGAGAGCCAGGUGGGGCAGAGGGCAGGAGAGUGUCAUCUUCAUCAGAAUAAAGCAGCAAGCUUUCUCCACUGACACUCAAACUAAGAAACUCAAAACACAUUAUUGGAAUACUAAAGGUAUACUAUGCAGGAUUUUUCGGUUACUGUUUGUAAAUACAACAUUCAGACUCACCCCCUCCUCUCUACACUGCUUGCACAUAAUCUGCAAGCUACUAUUGUAGGAACAUUACAUUUUUUGUAAUGGAAAAUACAAUAAUAUAGCACCUAACUAGGCUAAUCACUGGUAUCUGUCAAACAGAAAACAGGCCAACUUGUAACAAGCUCUGUUUUGCGCUAUGUCUGCAAUUUCAUAGCUUCCUCUUGGAUGCAUGCUGCUACUACCUGUUCGCUACCUUUUUAUAAAGUUGCGACUCACCUGCAGGAACGUCCCGACUGCAGCAAAAUGAGAAGAAAAUAAAAAAAUAUAGGUAGAGCCUCUGCCACACACUUAUAGUGGCUCAUAAGUGAGGCUUAAGGGAAUUACUUUUUGUAAUUAUUAGGAAUUACUUCUGUAUGAGUCCAUGUAUUGUUUUUUGUUUGUCGGUAAAUCCUGCAUAAUGUACCUUUGAUAAUAUUGUAUUUUUAAAAAAAACUACAAGGGCUUCACUAAUUUUUUUUCACUUUUGUUUAAUUUAUUCAUUUUAUGAAUAACAUUGUAAUGAGUAAUGUCUAAUCAUUGCUCACUGUAUUCUAACCAGCAGACAGAAAACCCCAAAUAUUCACAGCUUUAGAGUGGCAGCAGCAUUUUUAUUUGAAAUCUCUAAUGAGCAAAUGUUUUGUAUUCUCACUAUUUAGAAGAUUAACUGAUUAUUAAAUAUUAACUGAUUGUUUUUGUUUUUUUGUCCUUUAACUUAUCAAUUAUCAUGUGAUUAUCUCUGUUCUAGGACUUAGUAUCUGAUGCUGAUAAUGAGUUUUUGCAGUACGACAAAAAUGCUCUUUUGAUAAAUAAUAUUUUGUAAACCUUUUUAUUUUUAAUUUAACAGGAGGCCAGACAUGUCUAAAAACAAGUAGCAUACAAACAUUUUGCCUGAAUAAACCAGUCAAAUUUAUUAGUUAAGUCAUAAAGUAUAUAAACUGAAAUUAAGUAAAGAAGAAAAUUUGGGUUUGUCCCAAAAAACCCCAGUUGAGAUUUAAUGCCCAGCUGCAGGCCACUGGUUCCCAGUAUGGAGGGUCCUGACCCCCACUAGAGGUUGCCAACGCUUCACAGGCGGUUAAGAGACCUUUAUGAUUUCAAAGAAUGUCAGAAAGUGUUUUCUUUUUAAAUAUAUAGUAGGCCUAUAUCUCCAUAUUUCUUUCAUUUCUGUGAAGAAAAUUGAAUGAGUGUUAUUUUAAAAUGUAGGUAACUAUUCAAUUUAUUAACUUAAAAAAAAUCUCACAGGAUAAGGGCGCAGUGACUGAUCACAGAGACCUUCACUCUUUGCCAAACAGCCUCGUCCUGCAUUAGAAAAGUAGGCAGUUAACACAGCCAAAGAGCUAAGAGAUCAAUGACCAAGUGUCAGGGAGAAGAUGUCAUUGAAUUUGUCAGAAAAAAAGAAGCAGGUUUGUUUUUUUUUUAUUAAUAUAGACAAAACAGAAAAUUGCUUAAAAAGUAUCAGCAAAACUCAUCUCUAAUGCAACAUUCACAGGAAAUAAUACGCUCAAAAUUUGUUCAAAUCUCUUGUUUUACACAAAUGUCCUACGGUCACUUUUUGGGUUAGUUGUACAGUUUAGUAGUUGUACUUUACUGUUAUUGUAAUGCCUUGAAUAUAAUACAAAAUAUCCAUAAAAAAUGUAACUUAGUCAGGAAUUGUCAGUGAUAGAAAAGGGGUCUUGUAAGAAAAACUUUGGGAACUAUGCGGCUAAAUUUUACUCCCCAUUCACUAAACUGAACUCUCUCCUGCCCUGCCUGUCUGACCUUCGUCAUUUCGUCUGUUUCGUGGAUGUACUUGUUGUUUUCUUCAGUGUUCAGUGAAUCAGGAGGAUUGUAGCAACACUCUGGUGACAAGCAGUGAGACAGUGAGAUUAACUCUAGUCAGCAAACAGUUGUGAUGCAUUUGUGAUACAAGUGUAGUCUUUUAAUAUCAGUGUGUUAUCUUUACAUCUUGCCCUCAUUUGGUGGGAAAUAUGUGUAGCUAUGACAUUUCGAAACUUGCACGUUCUGAGCUGGCGUGUGCUGCAGAAAGGACACACAGUAACCGAAAGCUGGGUGAAUACUAACUCAUAAGUGCCUAGCGAGGAAUAGUAACAUUUUUACUAUGACUGAGCUUCUUCUACUAACCUUUUUGAAGGUUGCUUCCAUUUUCUAGCCUUUGCUUCGGUCUUGAAGUUACGAAUAUUUGAGGGGCAGCAGAUGGUUUGAAGUUUGAGAUUGUUAGACCUCUGUGACUGAAUGUAUUACUUCAGGUGCAGUUUUUGUAAGUGAAUUUUGUAAAACUUUUAAACUGCCUUGCAGGGUUUUGCUCUCUAGGGUGAGAUGCAUGACCCUUGGCUCACUAGCAGACUCGAACCAAUCCAUUCCAACCAGUCUAGGACUAAUAUGAAAGUACAUUUAAGGUAAUUUAAGGUUAUUUAUACCCUGAUUUUAAUUGGAAGAGCAUUUAAAUGUUAUCUCUCUUGAUCCAGCUAUAGAAGGAGAUAAAUACAAGAAAAACACGAUGAUAGGGAGUGUCAACAACAAGCUUGGUAAACUUCCAGACAAUCAUGGACUGCCAAAAAAGUACAUUUUUAGUGAAGAACCUGACAGUGGCUUAAUGAUGAGGAAGACUGAAACACUACAACAACAAAAAGAUAAAAGAUGUGAUUUUUUUUUCUUUGCUCUUGUAAAAGCAAAUUUAAUUGUUUUAACCCUACUUGCGGGUAAUCCUGUAUCGAUGUGCAGACAUAUGAUGCUACUGUGUUUGCAUGUUUCAACAGAUCACCUUGUGCUGUUUUUGUUUCGGUGCAGCAGUGAUACAGCGGCUGUUUUGUAAAUCCUAGUGAUGUGUGCCAAUUGAAUGUAACCGUACCUACGACCUGUGUCUGGUCUCUAGUGAUGGUUUAUCUGUUGGAAAGUUUGGAAAUAACAAGUUCUCAAAUAAAUCUGGAUGUUGACAACA